CGCAACUACAAAAUCCGGGACAUUUAUGACGUUCACACAAUACGACCUCCUUUUCACGACCAGCCGUGGUGUGUAAUACCGGCAAUUUCAGCUUAUAGAGAAAUCCACCUUCUCUUCAUAAAAGACCACCAUAAUGUCGAAACAACUAAGUUUUGCUGAGAACUUUGCCCUUAGUGGUGCUGCAGCCGUUAUAUCUAAAACAGCUGCUGCCCCAAUAGAACGUAUCAAGCUUCUAGUACAGAAUCAAGAUGAAAUGCUUAGAACUGGUAGACUUGAACAGCCUUACAAAGGUGUUAUUGAUUGUACUAUGCGUACAUACAGAACAGAAGGUGUAUUGCCAUUUUGGAGAGGAAACAUGGCUAAUUGCAUCAGAUACUUUCCCACUCAGGCUUUAAACUUUGCAUUCAAGGACAAGAUUAAGGCACUAUUCAAGUCGAGUAAGAAUGAUUCCAAUGCUAUCAAAUUUUCAAAAAAUAUUGCAUCUGGUGGAGCUGCUGGUGCCAUGUCACUCGUCUUUGUCUAUUCACUCGAUUAUUGUAGAACCAGGUUAGCCAAUGAUGCCAAGUCUGGUAAGACCGGAGGAGAACGCCAGUUCAAUGGUAUGGUUGAUGUGUACCGCAAAACCAUUGCAACAGACGGUAUUCAAGGAUUGUACAGAGGAUUCGUCAUAUCUUGUGUAGGAAUUGUUGUCUACAGAGGAUUCUACUUCGGUCUGUUCGACACUCUUAAACCAAUCCUCUUGGGUGACAAGGCCAACUUGCUCCUGUCAUUUGCAUUAGGCUACGUUGUCACAAUUAGUGCUGGACUUUUGUCAUACCCCAUUGAUACGAUCAGAAGAAGAAUGAUGAUGACAUCAGGUGAGGCUGUCAAAUACAAGGGAUCAAUUGACUGCACUAUGACCAUUGUAAAGAAUGAGGGAUUCAUGUCCUUGAUGAAGGGAGCAGGAGCCAACGUACUCAGAGGAAUGGCAGGUGCUGGUGUAUUGGCUGGAUUUGACAAGUUCCAAGAGUUGUACAUCACAUGGCGUAUUGCACAAAAUAAAUAAACACGGUGGACCUUAGAUUUUUAAUAAAUGAAUUUGUGUGAUA